GCGCGCUUGACUCCGCAAACGGCAAACGGCUAUGGGAUUCCGUAGCGAAAGGUUGUACCCAAGCGAUGUCUACGUAAUUUGACUGUAUUAAAGUACGACCGAUAUACCAAAUAAUUUUCAUCUUAGUGUUGCGUGCAGUGACUUAAUUUAGUGUAGUUUCUGGAUAUCUUUCAAAUUGCUUAAUUCGCAGUAUCGAGCAACUUAUUCUAUCAUAAAUUAAGGUGGCGAAAGAAAAAUGACGGCCUGGAAGAUUAUUACAUUGACCUGUUUCUUUCUUUUCUUGGUUGAAGCGAAGCCUAAUUUACACGAUAUCGGUGAGAAUAAAGAAGUCAUAUCCAGUAUUUGCGAUCCUGUUUUUAAUACCUCGGAUGCAGUGCAAUGCUUUUGUGCCAAAGACGACCAUAAUAUUGCACGAAGUGCUGAAUGUUACCCAACUAAAGAAGAGAUUAGCCAAGAUGAUACCGCUUGGUCAAAGUUCGAUUCAUUAAAAGAUGCUGUAAGAAUUAGUCUAACUAAUAAUAGAGGUAUAUCUUUCAAGUUCAUUCCGAAGAAUGCAUUAAAGCAUACACAUAAUCUUUUAAGGCUUGAUGUUAAAUACGCAAACGUUAAAGUUAUAGAACCAUUUGCAUUUGCAAAUCUUAGUUUAUUAGAGGAUAUCAAACUGAGCGGUAAUCAAAUAGAAAAAUUGAAACCAAAUGCUUUCUCUCAUCUUGCAACAGUGAAAACAAUUAGUUUGGAUACUAACAACAUUAUGGAAAUAAAUAGAGAUGUAUUCGUCAGUUUGCCAACUUUGGAGAAACUCUUUAUUACAAAUAAUAAAGUAACGAUUAUUCAUGACAAAGCUUUUAUACAUCUGACGAAUCUUAAAGAACUAGAAAUCGAUAGAAACAAACUCUUCAGUUUGAAUAGCGAAACGUUUUCUGGUCUCGGCAAAUUAAGAAAAUUAGACUUAAGCGGAAAUAACUUGGAAGUUAUCGGCGAUAACACAUUCAAGCCUCUAACUCGCCUGAUUUCUCUGAAUUUAGAUGAAAAUAAAAUCCAAAUGUUAGAUUCGAAAGCAUUCCACGGCUUGUCGCAUCUACAAUCACUGUCACUGGCUCACAACGAACUCUCUGACAUUGACAACGUGAAUGUAUUUCAAGGACUGACUUCAUUAAACGCUCUAAGUUUGAAAGGAAACAGAAUUACAGAUUUACGACAAGAAGUCAUGGCGCCAAUAAUCGAAAAUUUUCAUCAAAACAUCGCUUCCUUGGAUGUUGAAGAUAACCUUUUCCCAUGCGACUGUCGUCUCGAAUGGCUCAUGGUGCUCAUGAACAAAACUGAAAGCGCAUCAUUGAAGCUAAUCUUAGAAAACUUCAAAUGCAUUCCCGACGCAAAGCUGCGUGACCGAUGGACGAAACGAGUGGAAUUGGAAAAAAAUUCUCAAACGUUCGACGGCGAGGAACCAUCCACACAGAGCCAAGACUACGAAUAUUACGAUGACGCUGAAUUGAAUGGAAAACUCUUCUAUACUGAUGUAAGAGAUUUGCUGCAUUGCAAUUCGCCAACUGGCAAACCACUCCCUGACACCCUUGAUGUCGCCAAAAAGACUAAUACUGCAACCGGAAUUUCCCCCCUUAAUCCUGAAGCAAACGAUACUCCAAACAAUUCAGGUUACUUCGAUGCAUCAAUUUUCAAGAAAAAUAAAACUAAAAAAUCAUUAGCAGCUCCUAAAACUGCCAACAGCGAAGUAGCCAAUCAAGAAAUCAAAGAUGAAAAACCAAACGUUUCUACCACAACUCGACUUGCGACCGUAUCUGCCAAACCUAUGGAAAAACGUACAGAAGAUACGAAAGAUAUGGCAUCCGAUGAGGCUAAAUCUGAUAAUGCUAUUGCGCAUAGAAGCGUUCAGGACAAGAAUGACGACUACAGCGAUUUCUUUACCAACGGACAAGACCCCACUCUUGGUAGUUUGAUAGCGGUAGUGCUCAUUAGUGUUCUAAAUGUUAGAUUUCUGCUUAAUUAGGUUACUAGUUAGGGUGUAGACAAUAUUAACUUAUGACAUUAUACUGUUAACUCAAUCUCUCACAGUCAUUAUUAUAAAUAAAUAGUGUUU